GAAUUUUUUCAACUAUUAGGACACAUUGGAAAAAGUUUACAGCUGCGAAUAUUGUUCUUAUAUACGCUGCUAAAUAUAUGCAUUACCGAUAUAAUGAAAUGUCAUUAAUGAAGACUUUCUGUCAAAUGUCCCAGAGUAGGCAUACGGAGAUCAAACAAUAAAUCCAUUUGAAAAUUCUAGGCAUCUUUAUGUUUUCUUGGACGAACAAAAUGACAAAUACAGAGCAGCCACUAAAUCUUAUUUUGAAAAAUACAUGGCACCUAUAUUUAAUUGUGCUGGAUUAUUGGUUGAUGUCAUUGAUGUUUACGAAGGAGACAUAAAAUAUUAUUUGGAAGAAAACUCUUCCCUCAAAUCCUUUCUCAAGAAUGUCCAAGCGACCGGUGAAACUACUAAAACCCUCACAUCGUUUGCGUCUAAAAUCUACAAAAACGCUCAAAGCCCACACUCGCCACAUUCCACCAAAUACUAUAAGGACACGGCUGUAUUGAUACUCGGUAGUCGUCCAUUUAUUUCGACGGUCAUUGAUUUCCUACUGACACCGCCACCAAUGAACGAUGUUCCCGGUGAUGCCAUCACAAAAUUUGAACACCAACUUCAAACUUUCAAAUCCAAUGUUCAGGUGAGCUGGGUCGAUUUUGGAAUCCCGGAUUACAAGUGGAUCAAAACGAGGUACUCGUCCUUCGGCCCACAGUUCCCGUUCUCUCGAUUGCCACGCGCACUCGACGAAAACCGCUACUCACAUUUAUCGAAUGUUCGGAUAGAACAAUCAGCCGACCUCACGAAUAAACUGAAAAACCAUCUUGAUAACUUCCUUAACCUUAAUUUACGAAAAUUGACCCCGAUUUCGACUCUGUGCCACUUGGCUCUAAACAUAUCUUCUAACGGGUUCCCCAACCCAUCACUAACACCGAAAGAUGGUAACUCAAAGUUCAAAUACGUGUACACCGAUCACCUCGUUAAACGUGAAGCUGGGUUAGUGCCCUACGACGCGUUUAAAGUUACGACGCUAAAAAGUUCGGAGGAUUCCGAGAGUGUCGAAGAUCAUGAAUACGCGUUCAGCGAUCUCGACAUAGGCCUAGAUGGCGUUACGCAUACCGCCGACAAGUUGAAAAACGUGAACCUCUCGGAGCAUCGACUCACUCCGCAACUCGAAUCGAGGAUUGACGAUUCCACGACUUUGGAGACUGCCUUGCGAUUUCUUAAACCAAAGCAAUUUAGAUCUCCAAAAUCGUUCGAAGCGAAAAUAACGCUCACCUUCAACGCUUGCGAUCCGGGAGAUCGAUGCUCAAAGUGCGGAAAUUUUCCUGUCCCUUCGCCUUUCGAACCCGUAUACCGAUUUUUCGGGUGGCACCGAACUAAAAACGUUUUCCGUCAAAAGAAUCACAGCGGACAUAAUACUCAGGAGCGCCAUAAAGAACCGCAGUCGAUGACGUUAAACUCUAGUCACCUCAAAAUAAGAAACGAUUCUAACGACAUAAAAUCCGCCUAUCCCGACGAAUCAAUUGACUCCUCCAGGGUUCGGAUUUUGUCCGUGCCUCCUGUCAUAACUUCGGAAGAACGGUUGAAUCAAGUUAUCCAAUCAAAUAUUAUCACUCAUACCUCGGGGAUGUCCAAUCCUUCCCCAACACAACUACCCGAUGAUAACAUGUACGAAAUCGUAGCUUGCGACGUGAACACCAUAGAUAUUGAUCUCUUGCCUCUCACUCAAACUUUUACGAGUAAUCCCUCCGAGGAAAAAGGUUCGGUGAAUCCCGAAGAAUCCUUAAAAAUUUUAUACGACGUAAACGUGGUUAAAGCCGCUUCGAUCGCGAAACCCAGUUUAGCGGAGAAUGAAUCAGCCAAUCAUUUUAUUCGGAUAAAAAUUUUGCCAGAAUGCUUCAAUAUUGUAACAUAAGAUAUUUGGAAAUAAUUUUGCAAACUUUACAAAAAUCACUGAAAUUAUUGAUCAAAAUUGACUUAUUAUAAUAAAUUAUUAUUGUCAAUUGUCAUUCAAAAUUUUUAAAUUUGUAUUGA